UUCCAGACAUUCUUGUCAACACGUCCUUCCCACUUGUCCUACCAUUAAUAAAACGGGGAGAGUGGAUUGGAUUGUCCAGAGAAACAAAGCGUUCUUUCUCCAGCACAAAAUAAUUGUUCUGGAAAUCAGAUGCGUUCACACACGAGGAGCAGCGGGAAAGAGGCGGGAAGAAUGCGGAGACUCUGAAGCGCGGGACCCCAGAGCUUUCGUCGCGGGAGCUCCCCCACCCCCCCAACCCCCUCAUCCCCUCACCCCCCUCACCUGGCCCCGCCCCCGUCCCGCCCCCGCCCCGCCCUCCACAGCCGCUCUCAUGUUCUCUCCUGACCAGGAAAACAUCUCCACAGCCUCGACCAAAGCGCCAGUCAAGUAUGGGGAGCUCAUUGUUCUGGGGUACAAUGGUUCCCUGCCCAACGGGGACCGGGGGAGGCGGAAGAGCCGCUUCGGCCUGUGCAAGAGGCCCAAAGCCAACGGGGUGAAGCCCAGCACCGUGCACGUGGCCUGCACCCCUCAGGCAGCCAAGGCCAUCAGCAACAAGGACCAGCACAGCAUCUCCUACACUCUGUCUCGAGCACAGACCGUGGUGGUGGAGUACACACACGACAGCAACACGGACAUGUUCCAGAUCGGGCGCUCGACGGAGAGCCCCAUCGACUUCGUGGUGACGGACACGGUCCCCGGCAGCCAGAGUAACGGGGACACGCAGACGGUGCAGAGCACCAUCUCCCGCUUCGCCUGCCGCAUCAUGUGCCAGCGCUGCCCCCCCCACACCGCCCGCAUCUACGCCGCCGGAUUCGACUCCUCCAAGAACAUCUUCCUGGGGGAGAAGGCAGCGAAGUGGAAGACGCCGGACGGGCAGAUGGACGGCUUGACGACGAACGGCGUGCUGGUGAUGCACCCCCGGCACGGCUUCACCGAGGACUCCAAGCCCGGCGUGUGGAGGGAGAUCUCCGUGUGCGGCAACGUCUUCACCCUGCGGGAGACCCGCUCCGCCCAGCAGCGGGGCAAGAUGGUGGAGAACGAGACGCAGGAGCUGGUGGACGGCUCGCUGAUCGACCUGUGCGGGGCGACGCUGCUGUGGCGCACGGCGGAGGGCCUGUCCCGCACCCCCACCGUCAAGCACCUGGAGGCGCUGCGGCAGGAGAUCAACGCGGCGCGGCCCCAGUGCCCCGUGGGCUUCAACACGCUGGCCUUCCCCAGCAUGCGCCGCAAGGACGUGGUGGACGAGAAGCAGCCCUGGGUCUACCUGCACUGCGGGCACGUGCACGGCUACCACAGCUGGGGGGGCGGGCGUGAGGAGCGGCGAGGGGGCGGCGGCGGGGAACGGGACCGGGACCGGGAGUGCCCCAUGUGCCGCGCCCGGGGCCCCUACGUGCCCCUCUGGCUGGGGUGCGAGGCGGGCUUCUACCUGGACGCCGCCCCGCCCACGCACGCCUUCAGCCCCUGCGGCCACGUCUGCUCGGAGAAGACGGCGGGCUACUGGAGCCAGAUCCCGCUGCCGCACGGCACGCACACCUUCCACGCCGCCUGCCCCUUCUGCGCCCAGCAGCUGAGCGGGGAGCAGGGCUACGUCAGGCUCAUAUUCCAGGGGCCCGUGGACUAGCCCCCUGUCCUGGAGCGGGGCGCAGGGGCCUGUGGACUGUGGACUAGGCCUGUGGGC